GGCUGCGCCCGUAGAGGGAAGCAAAAAGAACAAUAAAAGAAAAUGAUGUGUUUACUUUGAAGCUGUACGUCUAGUAAUGAGAAAAAGAUUUAAAUUAAAUGAAGUGAAGCUGGUGUUGACAGUAAAGUUAGAAUAAAAUGGAUUACAAUAGACGUGCAAAAAGGAAAAGAAGAUGUAAAAAUGAAACCUCAAACAAGACUACCUAUCAGAAAAAGAAAGACAAAGUCAGCACAGAUGCUGAAUUUAAUGAAAAUAAUCAAAAUGAAAGAUUUGUACACACACCUGUUGAAAGUAUUACCCCGAAUGAAGAAAAUUUGGAUUUUUAUUAUGAUUACUAUGGUUACUGUGAAGACGCAUACAAUUAUGGAGAUGGUGUUGAGCCAGAAACACUGCAAUUUUUGAAACACAAAAUAUUUGAUUUAAUCUCAGCCACACAAAAGUCUGACAUAAUUUGCAAUGAUGCAGAGAGAUAUUUGGCAGCCGUUUUAGGUGUCUGUAGUAUAGAACAAAGAAAAGAAGUAAUGCAAGUUAAAAAAAAUGUAUAUGAACCACUAACUUUAGCUUGUAAGAUGACAAAUCUAAACAUGGUCAAGUUUUUUGUAGAACACUGUCAAGCAGAAGUUAAUGGUGAGAAACAUAACGGCAGACCAUUACUAUGUGCUGUAGCCAAUGGUGAUGAAGAUAUUGUCCACUAUUUACUUGAAUGUAAUGCAGAUUUUAACAUAAGUUUUGCAGAAAACUACAAUAUGUUGAUGCUUUCCUUGCAGCUGUUUCCUCAAGAAAUAUUCAAGUCAUUCGGCUAUAAAUCAAAUGAAAAUUUCGAAAACCAGGAUGAAAUUAACCAUCUAAAAGAAACACUUACCUUGAAAAUGCCUCAUAAAUUUGAGAUUGUAAAACUGCUCAUUGAUAAAGGAGCUGUAGAGAAAUGCACAAAAGAUCAGAUUUUUUACAUCUUGACCUCAGUGUUUAAUAGAUCAUUAGGUGUUUCCAAGGAUUCACUUCAAGUUUUAGUCGAUAAAAUUCCUAACUUUUACAAUGUGAGGAAUGCAGAUGGCAUGUCUGUUCUUGGAUAUGAAAUACUUCAUCGAAGUUUUCACAUGUCAGAAUUUUUUGAUCCAUACAUAGAGAAUGUCAAGGAUAUCAAUGAAGCGAACUUCCUGAAAUUUCAUGUUGUACCAUUAAGAGAAAAGUCUGAUAGCAUAGAAAACAAUGUGGACUUUGUGCUUCAGUCCUUUAUUAUCAGCAGAGAAUCAAACAAUAUUUGUUUAUCUGAUGUGUCCGACAAUAGAUGUACGAAGUAUGUCCAUCCACUUGUGUAUUUAGCAUGCACAGGUAAUAUAACAUAUUAUAUGAAAUGUUUGCAGAUGCCCGGAGUUCCUUUCGAAGCCAUGGUAAAUGGUUUGGAGAUGAUAGGGACAUAUUGUCUCACUCAUAGGUAUUAUCUGCAUGCUGUGCUAUGUUGGAAUGCUGCCAAUAAAUUGAGACAACAUAGAUGUCUCCGUAAGACACGAAAUAAAACCUACUUCUCUUCUAAUAAUAUAUUGAAAUGGGAAGAAGAUAUAUCGUUGGAGGAGGUAGCUCGCACAGUUCCUCUCCAAGCAUAUGUUGUGGAUAUGACUCAUGUUAUAUCAAAGAUUUUCACAGACACCUCACAAAAGACAAUAGAGGAAGUGACUCAAAGCUACAUCACCCAUGUACGAACGGGGAUAAUGCCAGAUUUAACUAUCAAUACAGAAGUGUGCUCAUUCAUGUCACAUGUUGAAAAGUAUAUCAAGGAUAAUACCACAGCAAUAGAAGCAUAUACUCUAAUUCUUAUAAAAAAUGCUUUAGUUCAUGAACGUAUGAUUGGAUAUGGAGAUUUCAAUACAUUAGGUGCGUUUGAAUCUCUCGCAAAUGAGUUUUACGUGAAAGGUAAAAUAGUAGAAUGUGCUACACUGGUAACUUACAGUUACCCAUAUUUUGUUAAGUAUCUGCCAAAUGAAGUCAAUUUAUCCGUCAUUGCCAGUUGGGACAAAAAGAAUUCCUUGAAAAAUUUCAUUUCACCAUUGAUCGACAUUGUUUUGAUUGAGAGUCUACAUUCAAAAUUAACCUUUGAUCUUUCAAUGGCAAUAUGGAAAUGUUUUUUUCUGGAGUGUUGUGUCACACCAAGGUGUCAAAGGAGAUUUCUAGAAUUUGCGUCAAUGCUUGUGAUGAUGAAGAGAAUGGCUAGACGAGAAAAGACCCCAGAAGAAUAUCAAAGAUUUUCAGAGUUUAUGAAGAAAGUUAUAAAGACUGAUCUAAGGAACCUGUAUGGACAGGCUCUAUUACAUUAUACAGUACCUACAUUAUCAAAUAACACAAUUGACAUGUUGAUGUCCCCCAACGACAAAAGUCCCUUAAUUUAUGAAUUCUCGGGAUCUGCAGAAAUGAUUAAAUUGCUGCUAACAUACGGAGCAGAUCCUAAUGCUUUUGAUGACAUAGGAAUGACAGCUCUUCAUUUUUGUUACUUUUUAAUGUUGGACAAUAACGAAGAGAAUGGAAUAGGUAAACCUGUAGAAGUUGUCCAGACACUCUUGGAGGGUGGAGCUCAUCCAGAUUGUGCAGAUUUUAGCAACCGUUCUGCCAUUGAGAGUUCUCAGCAAUCGUUAGUGCCUCUGUGUCCAGUUUCACACCAAACACUACAGUGCCUUGCAUCAAAUGUUAUUCUUACCCAUAGGUUAUCUUUUCAUUCAGAUUUACCGCCACAUCUUGUUGAAUUUGUUGAGUUGCAUAAAAAACACGGAAGGCCAACCACACAGAACUUUCCUGAACAAGUGUUUGGAUAAUUUAAUUGGUCACAGAACUUUGCUGAACAAUUGUUAAGAUAAUUUUAUUCAUGUUAUUGGUUGUUUAUGAUUUAUAAAUAUUCAAAUUUUCAAUGUUUGUAUAACAUACACAUGAUACACUGACAGUGACUGUGUCAGGUAUUGUGUAGUUUGUUUACUAGCAUGGGUUAAAGUGUACAUGAACUGUGUGCCAAACAUGUAACUUAUGCCAGCCAGUGUUUGUUUUAUUUGACUGUGAACAUUAGGGAGCUACCAUUUAAUUUUUAUGGGGGGCUAGG